AAAGCGAGAGAGAGGGAAGGAGGCCGCGGACCGCCCGGGCUGCUGGGCUUCUGCGCGCUCACGCACCUCGCCGCCCGCCGAGGCAGGCGCAGGCAGGGCGCAGGCGGCGGCGGGCGGCAUGGAGAGCCUGCUGGAGAACCCGGUGCGCGCCGUGCUCUACCUCAAGGAGCUCACGGCCAUCGUGCAGAACCAGCAAAGUCUCAUCCACACCCAGCGCCAGCGCAUCGAUGAGCUGGAGCGGCGUCUAGACGAGCUGAGCGCGGAGAACCGUAGCCUGUGGGAACAUCAGCAGCUGCUGCAAGCCCAGCCUCCGCCCGGGCUCGUCCCCCCGCCGUCCGCCCCACUGCCUGCUCCUACAACCACCGCUCCGGCCGCCACUGCGGCCCAGGAGCCUCUCCAGGACCACGGACAGCUCACACCCGUCACGCCGGAGCCGCCGCUUCAGCACCACGGACAGCUCCUGACGCAGCCCCAGUCCAGCGGCAGGGCUCAGGCUCCCCAGUCGCCCCACCAGCACCCGGUGGCUGACAAGGAGAAGGAGCGUCCACCGAGUUGUUGCGCUGCCGCCGGAGCCCUGCUUCAGCACACAUCCCCCGCCGCCCUCGGCAAGGGCGUCCUGAGCAGGAGACCCGAGAAUGAGACCGUGCUGCACCAAUUCUGCUGCCCUGCCGCCGACACCGAGCAAAAGCCUGCCUGCUCCGACUUGGCUUCCCAAAGUGAUGGCUCCUGUGCCCAGGCCGGUGGGGGCAUGGAGGACUCCGCGGUGGCAGCCGGCAGACCCAGUGCCCAUGCCCCGAAGGCUCAAGCCCAGGAGCUACAGCAGGAGGAGGAGCGACCGGGGGCGGGGGGCUCCCCACGGGCUGGCCCCCUCCGCGCGGCCUCCCCUGGCCAGCAGCAGCCUGCCCUGGCGACGGCGCUCUGCUCCCACACCCCUGCUGCCUCCGAAUACGAACUCUCCCUUGACCUAAAGAAUAAACAGAUUGAAAUGCUAGAACACAAAUACGGGGGCCACUUGGUAUCCCGACGCGCCGCGUGCACCAUCCAAACCGCUUUCCGCCAAUACCAGCUCAGCAAGAACUUUGAGAAGAUCCGUAACUCGCUCCUGGAAAGCCGCCUGCCCCGGCGGAUCUCGCUGCGCAAAGUGCGGGCGCCCACAGCAGAGAGCUUGGUGGCGGAGAAGGCGCUCCUGGAGGGCUGCGGACUCCUGGGGCUGCCGCUGGGGCGCUCGCCCUCCCUGCCACCCACCUUCGCAGGAUCGCUCACCGAGCUGGAGGACUCCUUCACCGAACAGGUACAGUCCUUGGCCAAAUCCAUCGACGACGCUCUCAACACCUGGAGUCUCAAGACUAUGUGCUCAUUGCAAGAGAGUGGCGCGUACCAGCUCCACCAGACCCUGCACCCGAGUGCGGGACAGCCAGGCCUGGAAGUCGAGGCACGGGAGCCCGAGAGUGGUCCAGGGUCUGGAGAUGAGGCCAGCGGCCUGCCGCAGGGUCACAGCGGUACCCUCAUGAUGGCUUUCCGGGAUGUCACGGUGCAGAUCGCUAACCAGAACAUCUCUGUUUCCUCCUCCACCGCCCUGUCUGUGGCCAACUGUCUAGGCGCACAGACCACCCAGGCCACAGCUGAGCCAGCGACGGGCCAAACCGAGCAGGGGGAUGCCGCGGCUCAGGGGGUCUCGGAAGCCCCAGCCUCGGAACAGGAGGAACCCCCGGGUGAGAACUCAGAAGCGUUGGAGAGCCGAGACCAGGGCGCACAUGAACAGGUGGUUGCGGAGGCCGUGGUUGAGGAGGCUGUGGCCGAGGAAGCAGCGGAGGAGGAGCAGGAGGCGGGGCAGGCAGGGAAAGGGGCCGAGGCAGGCGACAACUCUGAGCAGCUGAGCAGUAGCAGCGCAUCCACCAAGUCCGCCAAAUCUGGCUCAGAGGUUUCUGCCGCUGCCUCGAAGGAGGCCCUGCAGGCGGUGAUCCUAAGCUUGCCGCGCUACCACUGUGAGAACCCAGCCAGCUGCAGGUCCCCCACGCUCUCCACCGACACCCUGCGCAAGCGACUUUAUCGCAUUGGCCUCAACCUCUUCAACAUAAACCCGGACAAGGGCAUCCAGUUCCUGAUCUCGCGCGGCUUCAUCCCUGACACCCCCAUCGGUGUGGCCCACUUCCUCCUCCAACGGAAAGGCCUGAGCCGCCAGAUGAUAGGGGAGUUCCUGGGCAAUAGCAAGAGGCAGUUCAACCGCGACGUGCUGGAUUGCGUGGUAGAUGAAAUGGACUUUUCCAACAUGGAGCUGGACGAGGCCCUGAGGAAGUUUCAAGCUCACAUCCGCGUGCAAGGAGAGGCCCAGAAGGUAGAGCGACUCAUAGAGGCUUUCAGCCAGCGCUACUGCAUGUGUAACCCCGAGGUGGUGCAGCAGUUCCACAACCCAGACACCAUCUUCAUCCUGGCCUUUGCCAUCAUUCUUCUCAACACCGACAUGUACAGCCCCAACAUCAAGCCUGACCGGAAGAUGAUGCUGGAAGACUUUAUCCGAAACCUUCGAGGUGUGGAUGACGGCGCUGACAUCCCCAGAGAGCUGGUGGUAGGCAUCUAUGAAAGGAUCCAACAGAAGGAGCUCAAGUCCAACGAAGACCACGUCACAUACGUCACCAAGGUGGAGAAGUCCAUCGUGGGCAUGAAGACGGUGCUGUCCAUGCCACACCGCCGCCUGGUCUGCUGUAGCCGGCUCUUCGAGGUGACUGACGUGAACAAGCUCCAGAAGCAGGCCGCACACCAGAGAGAAGUGUUCCUCUUCAAUGACCUCCUGGUGAUUCUCAAGCUGUGCCCAAAGAAGAAGAGCUCCUUCACGUACACCUUCUGCAAGGCGGUCGGCCUCUUAGGCAUGCGGUUUCACCUCUUUGAGAACGAGUAUUACUCCCACGGAAUCACACUGGCAACGCCACUCGCGGGCUCUGAGAAGAAACAGGUGUUGCAUUUUUGCGCCCUGGGCUCUGACGAGAUGCAAAAGUUUGUGGAAGACCUGAAGGAGUCCAUUGCUGAGGUGACAGAGCUGGAGCAGAUCCGGAUAGAGUGGGAACUGGAGAAGCAGCAGGGAACAAAGGCUCUCUCUGGAAGGUCGUCUGGAGCCCAGGGGGACCCACAGUCGAAGCAAGGAUCACCCACAGCCAAAAGGGAAGCCAUGGCAGGAGAGAAAGCGGCGGAGAGCUCGGGGGAGGUGUCAAUUCACAACAGGCUUCAAACGUCCCAGCACAGCCCCAGGUUGGGGGUCGAGAGGGGAGAGCCACCACCGCCACCACCAACAUCACCACCGCCGUUGCUGCCAGACCCACAGCCUAGCCCCCUGAGGGAGCAGCCCCCACCGCUGCCGCCGCCACCACCCACACCCCCAGGCACCCUGGUGCAGUGCCAGCAAAUUGUCAAGGUCAUUGUCCUGGACAAACCCUGUUUGGCCCGCAUGGAGCCCCUGCUGAGCCAGGCUCUGUCCUGCUACGCCUCAUCCUCCUCAGAGUCCUGUGGCUCCACACCCUUGCGUGGUCCAGGCUCCCCAGUUAAGGUCAUCCACCAGCCCCCACUGCCCCCGCCCCCACCCCCAUACAACCACCCUCAUCAGUUCUGUCCACCAGGCUCUCUGCUGCUCCGGCGCCGUUAUUCCAGCGGCUCGAGGAGCCUGGUGUAGGCUUUACCCUUAGCACCCCACUAUCCCAAUGGGCUGUCCUUCAGGAGCCUGGGCUGCCCCUUGCCACUCCUCACAUCUUGGCAAAAUGCCUUCCUGGCCACUGGUCACUGUUGUGGAAAGAGAAUGCCCUGGCGAGACGGUUAUGCUUAACCCAGUCAUCCUUCACUAACUUAUUUGAGUACCUCACCACAAAUAUGUAAACACCUUCUCAUUCUUCCAGGGGUCCCACAUAGCCAGAUGGGCCAUGCCUUCUCCUCUGUGUUCACCAUGCUCCCCUAACUGGACUAUAGAUUGAAAAACUGAAGCUGAGGGGCCGUGGGCUGAUGGGCUUGUGAUCUUGAUCUCUUAGGAUUCCUGCCUUGGGCCAGUGGACAAGAGCAAAAGGCUGGACUGGUCAGCAGCACAGCCCAGGGGCAGAGGCAGACUACCCCAGCACAAAGUGUAUCUGUAGCCAAGCCGAAGAGGGACAGACUAGCCCUGGCUCCCUGGAGGAGCCUAAGCGUAGCAGAGGAGGGGGCUCUAUCUGCUGCUCCUGCCACUCAAGCCUGUAGUUAGGAGACAGGUUCUUAGCUCCCGGGGGACCUUGGCUCCCUUCACCAUGUCAGCUCUCCUGCCACCACCAGAGAAUUCUGAGCUGCCCAGACCCAAAAAAGAUCUGAGAAAGAGACAGGGGGCAGGGUUUCCAGUUCUGUCUGGGUCAUUUCAGCAGGGCCCUAGGACCGUGAGAUCAAGUCUGUGAAGUGCACUUCCGAGAACAUUUCUUGGUUCUCUGGCCUCAAACAACACACAGUCAAUACCAAGUGUGCACAGGCAGUUACUCAUAAACACAUGUGAGAACCCACCCGGUUGAUUGCUUCCCUGUGAAGCCAGAAGCAGGGAAAUGGGGUGCUGGGCAGUCCGGCAGAGGGAUGACUUGGCCUGGAAUCAGGGCUUCCUCAUGUCUGACUCUGCAGCCUCUGCAUAUGCAGACAAGGUGAAGCCGUGAGGUUCUAGUGUCACUGUGUCACCCCUGAUGACCCAGUCUUCAAACAGUCCCUCCCUGGAAAAGGCAGGCUGGCUUCCAGCAGGGAUGGCAAAGAAUUCUUGGACCUUCAAAACUGCAGGGCAGAGCCAAGCAGGGCUCAUCAACUUUCCAGGCCUAUCAGGGCCAGACGAGGUGGCCCUGUAGACUACAGGAGUGGUGUCAUAGGCUGUCACAAGGCAGGCCAGCCUCCCUUGUCCUACGCCAGCAGCUAUUUCUGACCUUCCUCGAGAUACCCUCCUAGUCAUAGCCUGUUUUUAAAGUCUCCCACGAGGCGAGAGGUACAAUGGAUGCUGCCAUGGCUGGAAUUGAAUUAGCUUCUCCUGGUCCCUGCUGUACCCCCCACAAUUCAGUACUUUGGACCAGAGAGGAGGCAUCCAGGCUCUUACAAAAGACCAAAUGACCUCAUUUCAUGUGCAUGCAUGUGUAUGCGUGUUUUCACCCAGAGGUCAUUAUGAUGUCACCCGAGGAGUUUCUGGCCUUUUCUGUAGCUUUCGGCCAAUAUGCUGUCUCCCCGAGGGGCUCCCAGCCUAUGUUUUUCUGAGUUGGCUGCCUUGGGGGCACCCAUAUUUCAGAAAACAAUCAGACUCUGUCAAAGUGGAACAACUGACAGAUGAGGGCAUUACUUAGGUGCCUCACCCGUCUGCACUGGGGCAGAGAGGGUUAGGGCCUGGGGAAAGCAGAGCCUUAGAUGGGACUGGAUGAAUGAGAGGGCCGAAAAUAGUAGGAAAUUGAUGACUCGUAGGGAGGAUGUGAGGUAUGAAGGAGUGUGAGUUAUAAAUGUAUCUAAGUGUGUUUCUGGAGUAGGGUCACGGUGUCGAGGGCUAAUGAAGAGGGACAUUAGCCCUGUUCACACUGCCUGCUGCUCACAUCAGACUUCCAGCUAACAGCGUCCCCUGUCCCUCCUGCCUCCGCUGAAGUCUGACUUUCCUGAUGAGCUCCAGUAGAGGUCUGGGGGCCGGCCCACCUGUGUGAGCUCUGAGGACCCUGACUCCCAGGCACCUGGCGCCUUUUCCCCUGGGAGAGCUUUCCCUUAGCUGACCUAGACGCUGCCAGCAGGAACAAAGUCCAGCCCAGGAAGCCACAACAUGGGGUCGCAAUGUUGACCUGGCCCAGGUCAAAGCUCCUGGCCCAGCUUUGAGCCCCACUAGCCCAGGGCCCGGGAGCUGAGAAGCAGUACUGGCCCACCUUACUGGUCAGGCGAAGUGAGAGCCCCCACAAAUGUUGCAUCUCUCCCCUGCUUAGUCAGUCUACAAAUGGUAGAAUUUAUCUGUACCUUGGUCCCCAGAGAACCUGGGAAAAACCUCCUGCCCCUCCCCAUGGCAGUGACCAGGUCAGGGCCUGAAGACCUGGAAAGAGGCUCUUAAGACCCCAGCUGUCUCAACGUUAAAGGAACAGUGCAGUACUGGCUGAGCUCCCAGAUCCCGUCACCCCAAGAUGCCCCCCAUCAACUCUCUAGGCCUUACUGUGGGGAGCCUGGGCCCCUCUCCCAAUUUAUCUAUUUGGCCCCAACUCCAAAAUCAAGUGGGAGGUGGAACCAGUCUUCCUACCUACUUGUAGGCAAACCCACCUCCAAAUGUAGGUCCUGUCUUGGCAGCCUUUCCUGGAAACCAGGCUGUCUGUCUUUUUGUUUGCGAAGAUGUCUUGUUCCCACAAAUAUGUAUCGGCCCUGGAUCUUUGACACCCCACCCGCCUGUCCAGAGCCUGCCAGGGUGUCUCCGUUACCCAAGAGAGGUCCCUGAUGUCACUCAUCCGUCUCUCUCUGCAUAGCUGUCCAUCUUCCUGCAGUCCCCCCCCCGCCCCCGCCCCCACCCCCGCCCGCUCACCCUCCACCAGACGGAGUGACAGCUCUCUGGGGACAGGCAGGGUGGCUGCACUCAGCAACUAAUCCAAAUGGCAAAUAUUUUGUAACAAAAUAGCCCAGAGGUAUUUUAUCUGUUCAAUUCAUAGAGUUUUAGAGAUUCUAUUGAAAUGUGUCACUUGAGCAAACCCGUGGUCCAUUGUUUCUUUCGCUCUCAUGGGGUGGGGGGCCGGCGUGGCACACCAACACACACGCCACCUCAAAUCAGAGUGUCUCUUUGCUAGGGUUCAGAAAGACGAUAUACUGACCAUCGCCUCUUGGGGAUACCCAGCUUCUCUCUGACUGCAACAAUCAUUCUUUGCCCCAAGAUAGAUGGUGUCUUGUGGUAUAACUCCAUAAAAAAAGCUCCGUCUUAAGAAAUUGAGGUCUGGGUGCUAAAAUAGUAAGGACUAGACAUCGGAUGGGGGGUACCGGGGCAGAGCUGAGGUAAAAGGUCAGAAAAUUGAUCUGCAGGGGCUACCUGCCUCCAACCCCAACUGGGACAUUUGUGCAUUCAGUGGAGAGCAAAGGCCUGAACAUCCACAUCUGAUUUUCAUCAACAUUCACACCCUAAGUCUGACACCCAAUCCAGGGGAUGGCUUAACAAAGCCAGGAUAACAGACUUGGGUGAAGGAGUUGUAGGGCACUAUUAUGGAAAGACAGUGUUUCCAAACCCUUCCCAUGUGUUGGGUCUCCUGCUGGGAGCAGAGAAGAAAUCCAAGCCUAUGAAAGAGCAAGACCACAGCCAGCUGGUUAAAAGAUGGGUUCAGAGAUGUGUCAACAUGAUAGCCUACUCCUGUAACCCCAACACACCAGAGGCUGAGGCAGCAGGGUCACCGUGAGUUUGAGACCUACCUGGGAUACACAGUGGGUUCCAUGCCAGCCCAAAAUAUAUAGCAAGAUUCUGUUCCAAGGAC